AUGUCUGUGAUAACUUAUGUGGAAGGUGUUGAAGUUAACAUGAGGCUUUGGCAAUGUGCUGAAUGGCCUUAUAAAACUGUGGAAGGGAAAGGCAUAGUUGAGAGAGUAGGGCAUGUAGUUUUGCUACAAUUACUUGGAAUGGCUAUAACACGACACAUUAAAAGUGGCGUGCUUGGUCCCCGUCUAUCAACAGUUCCAUUUUUGGAAUUCUUGGUGCAACAAGAACAAAAACCCGAGUUUGGUGGGAUGGAUGCAGGGUUUUGGAUCCAAUUGCACAAUGGCACGUGCCAAGUGGUGAUAGUGCCACGUGGAAGUCACAUGGAAGUGGGUGGGGGACUGUGA